AUGUUUUGGCCUGUCAGAUGUUCAUCAAAACGAUUCCGGGAUUAUCAGAUCACCGGGCGGCGUUUGGUGGCAGAACCCCCACCGCUCUGGGGGGCGAUGCGUGGCUCCGAUCGACCUAGGCUCGGAGCUACAGACUCGCCGUUUAAUCGUCCCUGUCCUGCCUUAUUUCCCUUCUACCCUAUUUCCAAAGCCGAGAGGUUUCUAGCAAAUAUGUCGGCUCAGAACUCCGCGGGCAUUCAGACCCUCCUCGAUGCCGAGAGAGAGGCCCAGAAGAUUGUGCAGAAAGACCGUACCCAGCGUAUAAGGGAUGCCAAGUCAGAGGCCCAGAAGGAGAUCGAAGAAUACAAGAAGCAGAAGGAAGAGGAGUACAAGAAGUUCGAGACCGAGCACUCAAGCGGAUACAAGGUAGCCGAGGCCGAGGCCGACAAGGAAGGCGAGGUCAAGCUCCAGGAGAUCAAGGAAGCCGGCAAGAAGCACGGCGAGAAAGUGGUCGCAAAUCUCAUUCGUGUGACGACCGACGUCAAGCCCGAGGUGCCUGAGAAUAUCAAGGCAUAA